CGGAGAGGACACGCUGGACAUCGGCAGGACGGAGAGCCGGGCGUCAUCCUGUCCACUGCAGGAGAAUGGCCUUCUGAUGAGAUCCGGUGCUUUCCGCAGGAAUGGAGGGAUCCUACAUUCUUCUUCUCCUACUCUUUGGCUCGGGCUCCUUCCAGGACCACAGCGUCUAUCGCAGCGGCAACCGGAACCAAGACUUCACCGCAGGGACUCAUUAUCUCCUGAAUCCCAUCCACAAUGUGGUCCAGAGCACACGGGGAGCCAAUGUCACCCUCCCCUGUAUCAUGAGACGAAGGCCAAGGAGCUAUAAAGUCAAGUGGAGCAAGGUCAAUCCUGAAGACCCCCUGGAAAACCUGAUCGUCAUCACUAAUGGUCAGCACCAUAAGAAUUACGACAAGCUGAGGGGUCGAACGAGGCUGAGGAGAAAUCAUAGACUAGAUGCUUCUCUCAUAAUCACCAAUGUGACCUUAGAAGAUGAAGGAAGAUACAAGUGUGAACUGGUCAAUGGCCUGGAGGACCAGAGCUUAACUCUAUCUCUACAGUUGGAAGGGGUCGUCUUUCCAUAUCAGUCCAAAAAGGGGCGCUAUCUCUAUAACUACAUCGAGGCUCAUCAAGCUUGUGAAGAACAAGAUGGCCGACUGGCCUCCUACUCUCAGCUCUACCAAGCUUGGACCGAUGGCCUCGACUGGUGCAACGCAGGUUGGCUCCUCGAAGGGACUGUUCAUUACCCAGUCAUUGUCACCCGGGAGCCAUGUGGGGGCAACUUACCUCCAGGCAUACGCAGCUAUGGCCCCAAAAACAAAUUAAAGGACAGAUAUGAUGCCUUCUGUUUCACCUCAGCUCUUAAAGGUCAUGUCUACUUUGUCCAUGGCCCGAUGACCUUCCAAGAAGCUUCCACUGCCUGCCGCGUUCGUAAAGCUGAGAUAGCCAAAGUUGGGCAUCUUUACGCAGCAUGGAAGUUCUUCAAUCUGGACCACUGUGAUGGAGGCUGGCUAUCGGAUGGCAGCGUUCGUUUCCCAAUCACGGACCCUCGGGAACAUUGUGGAGGACUUCCAGACCCCGGAGUGAGGAGUUUUGGCUUUCCAAAUGAAGAAGAGAGAUUGUAUGGGGUGUACUGUUAUACUGCCAUAUAGGUCAUGGAGUCUUUGGAGGUUUCUACUUGUGGAGAUGUGGAUUUGAAUGGAGUGGACUACGGGAGACAAGGAUGUAGAGCACAGUCCAAAGGUUGGACAUGGAUUUAGGACUGUAUGUUCUUAGUCUUCAUAGAGUCAAUAGCUCCAAUGUACAGUCUUCAAUAUUUAUAAAUCAGGGGCACUUUAAAGGGGAGCUCCAACAGCAUUGUACAGGUUAAACCUCUGUAUUAUGCUCACUUUGCUUUAUCCUGUGCUAAUCUUGACUUAUCCUCCAGUCACAUCCAUAGCUGCAUUCAGAAUUCUGCUGGCUGAAGGUUGGGACCCGUCAGCACAGCUACAUUUAUUUUUACUGAAGCCCGUUGCAUAUUGUCUGCUGGAAACACUACAACUCCCACAAUGCCCCACAGAACUGGCUGCUCUGUACAGAAAAUGGACCAGCAGAGGGCGACGAUGCAUUGAGAGAUCCAGCUAAUGCAGCAGAAUUUUGAAUGCAGCUCUGGAUGUAUUAAUUUCCCAAAUGUCAAUGGAGUCUCAUUCUCUUACCAGGGUGGCCAGCACUGUAUUUGGUAUGUAUGUGAUAUGUAUAUAUUAUACACUACAGUAUACGUGGGUGCCACUUUGUGCUAUAUACGGUCUACGUUUUUAUAGGUACAGAUUGUGCACCUGACAUAGAUUUAAUCAUAAGCUGAGGAGGUAGAGCACGGAUAUUAACCAUUUAUUGUACUACUUAUAUAAUAACACUGGUUCCAGGGUUUACUAUGUAAUGGAUGAAAAAUAUCCCUAGGAAUCCAUGGAAGAGAGUAAAACGCUU